GACCGACCGGCUGUCCCGUCACUAGGCUUCCCCCAGCACCUUACUGCCGCCGUUGUCAUUGGACACCUGCUCCUCUGCAAGCCGCGUCGCUCGCAGUCAGCAGCAGCAGCAAGGUCGGUCGCCUCGAGCGGCAACUGCCAAAGCGCGAGCCAAGGGCUGGUCGGUCGCUUAUUGAUCCUCAUCCUGCCACAAUAAUCGGACAUCUUGACAUUGGCAGCCGGCUGAGGAGGAGGCGCACGCAGGAUACAUUUGAACGCAAGUUGUAGUAGUUUCAGCUAGUCAGACGCUGGUGGCUGCAGCCAGUCUCUGGGACAACCUGCUGGUUUUGUUGUCGUUACCGAGGAGGGGAGCUCCAAGCGACGGAUUUAAUCAUUAAACCGGGUUACCCCCACUCCGGUGCCACUUGUAUGGAUACACCAUGGCUUCGUUUGAAUGCAGGGUUCAGUUUUUAGAUGACACCGAUCCAUUUAACAGCACCAAUUUCCCAGAGCCGACGAGACCUCCGCACUACACUUUCAGGGAAGACAUCCCCCUGAUCAACCAAAUAGCCGGGGUCCACCGACUUUUAAAAGCCCCUCACAAGCUUGAUGACUGUGCACUGCAGUUGUCCCACAAUGGCACCUAUCUGGAUCUGGAGUCGUCUCUGGCGGAGCAGCGCGACGAGCUGGAGGGCUUCCAGGAAGACUCCACUUCCGGGAGAGGCAAGAAGCACAGUGUAAUUCUGCGCACCCAGCUCAGCGUUCGCGUUCAUGCCUGCAUCGAAAAGCUCUACAACUCCAAUGGCCGUGACUUGAGAAGAGCACUGUUCUCCCUCAAACAGAUCUUUCAGGAUGAUAAGGACCUGGUUCAUGAGUUCGUGAUGGCAGAGGGCCUCACCUGCCUCAUAAAGGUUGGAGCAGAGGCCGACCAGAACUACCAAAACUACAUACUCAGAGCGUUGGGCCAGAUCAUGCUGUAUGUGGAUGGCAUGAACGGGGUCAUCGGACACAACGAGACCGUGCAGUGGCUCUACACACUCAUCGGCUCCAAGUUUCGUCUGGUGGUGAAGACUGCUCUGAAGCUGCUGCUGGUGUUCGUGGAGUACGCAGAGAGCAACGCUACGCUACUCAUACAGGCUAUCGCUAACGUGGACGUCAAGAGAGGCCGCAGGCCUUGGGGUAACGCCAUGGAGAUUUUGGACGAGAAGGACGGAGUCGACACCGAACUGCUGGUCUACGCCAUGACCCUCAUCAACAAGACCUUGUCGGCGCUGCCGGAUCAGGACUCGUUCUAUGACAUGGUGGACCUUCUGGAGGAGCAGGGGAUGGACGCAGUCUCCAAGCGACACUUGGGACGCAAGGGGACCGAUCUGGACCUGGUGGAACAACUCAACAUCUAUGAGGCGGCCCUGCGUCACGAGGACGGCGACGAUGACUCGGAGCCCCCUCCCUCGGGCUGCCGCGACCGCCGGCGGACCAGCGUGGGGGGCGGAGGCAGCGAGAAGCGCAGCCUGGAGAGACGCCGCAGCCGACGCCACUCAUUGGGCCGCCCCGGCCACGCCUCCCCGCUAAGCCCCGCCUCCCCACACCGCCCAGGGGCCCAGCCCUUCAACGGUCAGAAGUUGGACGAGAGAGGUCUGGGCUCCUUCGGGGACCAGACUCUGAAUGAGGCGGACUUUGGCCCCUGGCCCAUCCAAUCAGAAUCGUCCCAGCAGCAGCAGCAGCCCUCGCUAUUGGCCAGCCUCCUGGCGCGCCGCAAGUCCUCCAUACGCGUCCCUUCCUCCACCGCCACUGCGGAGGUCACCGCGCGACCUCUAGCCAACGGGCGCCUGCCCUACCUGCCCCACUCGCCCUUUCACCUCUUCUCCUACGACCUUGAGGAGGACACCACCAAGGACAAAGAGGAGGAGACGAAGAGGUCGCCGGGGAGGUCGCCCCAGCAAUCUGGGGACAGGAAUGGGAAGUUUGUCAACCCUCCGUCUACAGCUGCGAACAAGGGAGAGAGUAGGCCUGCUCUGGGUGGUCUCCUGUCCUCCUCCUAUCGUCAGCAUCAGGAGUCGCUGGCGGCCGAGCGAGAGAAGAGGCGGCAGGACCGGGAGGACCGCCUGCACAAGAUCGAACGCCAGGAGAGGAACCGCUUCAGUCGGGACUAUGUGGACAAGAUGGAGGAGGCCAGACAAGCCCGUGAGGAGAGGUACAAGACGGUGGAGCGUCUGGCCGCGGAGGAGUAUGAGCGCGACCGCGUGCGGCCGGCCCCGCGCGGCCUCAACCUAUCCCUGAGCCCCGACGACUCCUGCCAAUCGUCACGCAGCGUCACGCCCACGUCAUCACAGGACAUUCAGGACACGCCCACUACGCCAUACGAGCCCUCAGAGUCAGGAGCUGAACUAGAAGCUGACGAGAAGGAGGACGAAGCAGCAGAGCAGGACGAGGAAGUAGAGGAGGCGGAGCAGGAAGAGGAAGUGGUCGCGAGCGAACACACGUCCGAACAGGAAGAGGCAGAGGAGACAGAGGAAGCAGCUCCAGUGCAGGAAGGGGAGGAGGAGGAGGAGCCUGCCGCUGAGGAAGAGGAAGGGGAGGAGCUUAGACAGGAAGUGGCCAAUGGAGAGGCGGCGGAGGAGGACAGCGGCAUCCUGAGCGACAAAGAGCGACAGAAUGAGGAAGUGAACGAGAAGGACAAUUGCUCCGCCUCCAGCAUCUCGUCGGCCAGUAGCACGCUAGAGAGGGAGGAGCGCCUCGCCGGUAACAACAAUGAGACUGGCCAGUGGACGACACAGAGUGUCAAGGACGCGGACGUGAACGAGCAGUGCAGCAACAUCCUGAACAGCAAGCUCUUCAUGCUCGACAUGUUGUACGCCCAGACCAAGAAGCCGGCCGCGGAGGAGGAAGAGGAGGAGGAGGAGGAAGGGGAGGGCGAGAAGAAAGAGAAGGGACAAGUGGAGAAGGAGGAGAACGAGAACUCCUCGGAGACCACGACGACGGAGGUGGCAGACAAACCCGAGGGCGAGGAGCAGGAGGAGGGGGAGGGAGGUGACGAAAGCGCGGAGCAGAAAUCGGACGCCGACAAGCGCUCGACGAACGUGCGCGCCUUCGCUGAGAAGUUCGGCGACCUGGUCAAGGGGCUCACCUCGCCGACGGCAUCCAUGGAAUCGACGGACACGCCGACGGAAAAGGCGCCCCAGCCCCCACCGCCGCCGCCGCCGCCCCCUCCACCGAAAAAGGAGUCGGACACCAUCUGGGACCAGCUGCUGGCUAGCCCGCGCGAGCUGCGCAUCGGGGACAUCGACUUCACCGAUCUCGGGGACGAGGACGACCAGGACCUUCUGGAUUCCGGGUCCCUCAUGAGCUCGAGCGAUCUGCAUCCGCCCCCUCCCCCUCCCCCUUGCCCUUUUAGCAUCCCCCCUCCCCCGCCACCCUUCGGUUGCCCUCCGCCCCCACCCAUGUUCGGCGGCGGAGGGGGUGGGGUUCGAAUGCCACCUCCCCCGCCUUGUUUCUCCACCCCACCAGCACCUCCCUCUCAGACCCAGGUUCCGGAACCUGGUAGCGAGCAGCCACUGUUCCAGAAGAAAAAGAAGACCAUUCGCUUGUUCUGGAGCGAGGUGCGGCCUGACUGGCAGUACGGGGGCUACAGGCGGCUGCAGGGCUCGCUCUGGGCCAAGCUGGAGCCGGUGAAGGUGGACACGGCCAAGCUGGAACACCUCUUCGAGAGCAAGUCCAAGGAGAUACCCGUCACCAAGAAAACGGCGGCGGACGGCAAGCGGACGGAAAUCAUCGUCCUGGACUCCAAGCGAAGUAACGCCAUCAACAUCGGCCUGACGGUGCUGCCGCCGCCGCGCACCAUCAAGACGGCCAUUCUCAACUUCGACGAGUACGCGCUAAACAAGGAGGGCAUCGAGAAAAUCCUGACGAUGAUCCCCUCGGAGGAGGAGAAGCAGAAGAUCCAGGAGGCGCAGCUGGCCAACCCGGACAUCCCGCUGGGCAGCGCCGAGCAGUUCCUGCUCACACUCUCCUCCAUCAGCGAGCUCUCCGCCAGGCUGCAGCUGUGGGCCUUCAAGAUGGACUACGAGGUCACGGAAAAGGAAGUGGCGGAGCCUCUGCAGGAUCUGAAGGAGGGCAUGGACCAGCUGGAGAAGAACAAGACGCUACGCCACAUCCUCUCCACGCUGCUCGCCAUCGGCAACUUCCUCAACGCAUCCAGCGCUAAAGGCUUCGACCUGAGCUACCUGGAGAAGGUUCCGGAGGUGAAGGACACGGUGCACAAGCAGUCUCUACUGCACCACGCCUGCGCCAUCGUGGUGGAGAACUACCCCGAGAGCACGGACCUCUACUCCGAGAUCGGCGCCAUCACUCGCUCAGCUAAGGUGGACUUCGACCAGCUGCAUGAAAAUCUCAAGCAGAUGGAGCGGCGCUGCAAAGCAUCCUGGGACCAUCUGAAGGUGAUUGCCAAGCACGAGAUGAAGCCGGCGCUCAAGCAGAAGAUGUCCGACUUCCUCAAGGACUGCGCAGAACGCAUCAUCAUCCUCAAGAUCGUACACCGACGCAUCAUGAAUAGGUUCCAUGCCUUCCUGUUGUUCCUGGGCCACCCGGCGUACGGCGUGCGUGACAUCAGCGUGCACCGCUUCAGCAAGAUCGUGAGCGAGUUUGCGCUGGAGUACCGCACCACGCGCGACCGCGUUCUGCAGCAGAAACAGAAGAGGGCCGACCACCGCGAGAGGAACAAGACGCGCGGCAAGAUGAUCAUGGACGUCAACGCACCCAGCGAUGAUGAAGAGGACAUGGAGUCUGGUCGGUUGGGUGGCAGUGGUGGUGGUGGUGGUGGUGGCUCCAGCAGCGGUGGCCAUCACAGCGGCGGCAGCGGAGGCUCCGGAUUGGCUCCCGAGAUGCAGCAGCCGCAGGGAUUGGGCCACGCGGAGGACGCGGCGGAGCACGAGUUCAUGAAGGCGGUGCUGAAGAGCAGCCGGGCAGGAGGAGGACAGGAGGAGGCCUCGCUGGUGCCUGGGCAACGCCUGCGCACACGCACCCGGCCCACUAGAGCUGCCCCUAACCUAUCAAGUCGCGCGGCCUGGUCGUCGGCAGCCAAUGAGGACGGGGGGAUGGGCAUGACGGACGACGCGGCGGACGAGAUCAUGGAACGCAUCGUGCGCUCGGCCACGCAAGGACCCCGAGAGAGGGCACAGCCGCGCGAGAGGAGGAGGUCCCGCGCCAACCGCAAAUCACUGCGGAGGACCCUGAAGAACGGACUGACGCCAGAGGAAGCACAAGCACUGGGACUGUCAGAGAACCAGGAGAGGCCCAUCUGAAACAGACAUCGCCACGGCGAUAUUACGGACACACACACACUCACUCACACACACACACACACACUCACACACACACACACACACACUCACACACACACACACACACACACACACACACACAAUCUCACUGACCUUGUUCAGCACAAGCAAUCUCCAACGCUCCCCCACCUGUCCACAUCCCCCCCUCCCCCCGUCACUAUAACCCCCCCCUGUCACUGUCUGGGCCUUCUCUACGCCCCCAUUCAUAUCAGUGAUUCUCCAGCCCUGCAGGUCAUACUAUGCUGUUGCAGCCAUAUGUAAAUCUGUGUAAUGUGUAAAUGUUACUGAAUGUGUGUGUGCGUGUGUGUAUGUGUGUGUGUGUGUGUGUGUGUGUGUGUGUGUGUGUUUGUUUGCGUCUUAGUUCAGCUUUGCAGACACACAUGAUGGGCUGAAUAGACUUUUAUAAGGCUGAAUAAACAGUGGUUGGUUUGCGAGAUGCGUCAUUGAGAAGAAAGAAAAGGAAAGCGUUUAGGAAGUGUUGUGAAGAAACGUUCACAUACGUAUCAGUAUCUGUUAGGUUUGAGACUCAGGGUUAACUCCAAUCGUCAUCUCAAUAUAUUUAUAAUUUUAGCUGUUAUAUACAGUAUAUAUAUUUUGUCUUUGUGGAGAAAAAAAAAUGUCAGCCACAGUCAGAGGUCUCAAUCGUGAAUGUGAAGUGCUAUGAAAACCAUAUGCCCAUGCAGUGCAUUAUGGGUAAUCACUCCCCAGAUUUACAAUUAAUUAGGCUACAUUAUUUCAUGAAAAUAAUAUAGUAAGGCAUUGUAUUAUCAUAUAUUACACAACAGAGGUAGGCUAAUUAUAGUACAAGACCCAAAUUGUUGUUUUAAGGUAUCUAAAUGAACUGAAUAACAACAAUGAAAUUAUCAUACAUCAUGUUUUUUUUUGUUAUACAGAGGACAAAAUGGACAAAAUUGCGGUGCAAAUACGAUAGUUAUCGUUCAUCUGGCAACACUGCCGUUGGACAUGUUUCUCAUGUGUUCACCAAUUAUGAGUUAAUGAUGGCUAAUUAUUAUGAGUUAUAUCAGCAUGUGGCAGUCCAUCCCUCUGUGCUUAUGCUAACUCCAAUCACACCGCCAACACAUCUGCCUUUUUCGCUCCAUCACCUCUGAGAGCACUGUGUUUUCAACCUGGCACGGAGAUUUUGAUUUGAACAUUAACUGGUGUGUUCCACAAAAUGCUAGUUAGCACGACGUUACCCAUGGGGCUAGUUAGCAUUACGUAACCCAACUGGGUACUCCUGGCCCUGGGCAGAACAUUACCACAAGGUGUGAAGUAUAAAUGUGAUAUGUUUAGAUUUUUUGGACGCUUGUUGUUGUUACUGACUAUUUGUACACUUCAAUCUUGUGGAAGACAAGGCUAGAUUGGAAGGGAACGUUUUUUCUUCACUGUAGGCUAUUUUUUUUUCCCCGGAAUGACUAAAGUAUAUUCCACAUCCUCCGGUGAUCCAGUGGGUCAUGAUUGGGUCGUCAGCACAUCGUGAGUUUAAAGAGUAGUGUGUGCCUUCCUACAACAUAAGGGCCAUUUCACACUGUCACGCUUUCUUCUCCUCCAAAGCUCUGCGUGUAUUUUUGAGGGAGGCGCGUGUCAAUGGGGAGCGUGUCUAUGUUCCCACAGCCUAUUGGUCCCACAGCCCAUUGGUCCCACAUCACUGAGACUUUUAACAUUAACUUUUAGGCACAGUUUAUACCUGCUGGCCCAAUAUUCCCACAUUUCUAAGAAUCUAUUCGUGGCGGGGAGAAAGGCAUGUUCUCUUAGUUUACUCGGAAAUGUGGGAACAUGGAGAUGUGGAACAUAGGGCCAAUAUUUGAAUAAUUUCUUAAAAAUGUGGAAACAUGGAGCAGCAAGAAUAAGCUGUGGGACCAACGGGCUGUGGGAACAUAGAGCUGACCCCGUGGCGAUGGUUAAACACUUGUCAGCUGCACCAUUCCAUAGGAAAACAAUGGAUAUAGAGCACCUAGACCCCAUUACUUAGUAAGUUGCCAAUGGGAAAUUGAAACUUGGAUAGCAACGACACUGUCGAGAAAUGCACCCCUGGAAGAGAAAAAAGCGUGUCAGUCUGAACCCUGCCUAAGGCUGUAGCUCUUGUGAAACAUUAAGGGUAGAUCAAUGUUACUUUACAACACCUAUGACCAAGACUACAGGCGACCACAAGUUAAGAUACUCUCCAAAGUAAUAUCAUUUGUGUAGAACAAUCGGUGUGAUGUUCAGGUGGAGUAAGUUAUGUCAAGGAAAGGGCUAGCUGUACAAGAAGCCUGUUUUGUUUUUUCAUUUUGUUUUUUUGUGUGUGUGUGUUUUUGUGUUUUGUUAUUGUAUCGUUUCCAGGUACUAUAUCAAAUAUUACAAUUUCAUUAUUUAUGGAAAAGUAUCACAGUACUUUUGGAGAAAAUAAAACUUUGUGAUAAACGAAAAAUAACAGAACUGUUACUGUAGGUCAAUAUGUAUGACGUGGUAGUUUGGCACCUUAUAAUCCCCGCAAGAUUUGUGUGGGCUCUUCAUUGCACCAUUGUCAUCAUUAACAAGAUGAUUAAAUAAUCUCUCUCAGACUCAGAUUUCUCUUCAGACUUUUACUGGAAAUAAAUUGUAAAAAAAAGAGGACAAAAGUGUACAAAAAUUAUGAACGUUUAAAAAGAGGGAUAUUGUACAAAAAACAAAAUGAGAAGAAAGUAUGUAAAUGCCCUGCUUUGUUUUGUUAAAAUUGUUUUGUUUUGUUUUGUUGGUUUGUGAGUAAUGUGUUUUUUUUGUAAUUUUCUGUAGAAUAGUGUAUUAUAGACGAAGACAAAGAACAGUGUUAUUCUAUAAAACUGUAAUUUAAGAGAAAAGAGAACAAAAAUCCAUGCAUGGUCACAACACGAGUAUAUAAACAUACUAAUUAUUAUUUUUUGCAAACAGCUUUCAGCCAUAUUUUGAAUGGUUGGUUUCAAAAAAAAAAAAACACUUUUAUUGGCUUUUUAUCAGAGUCUUGUUGGCUUGUACAUUCAUGUUUCAAACUGAAUGAGUGAAUGAAUGAAUGUUGUUGGUCACUUUUAGCACCGUUUGCAUAAAUCCGAACAUUUCAAUAAACCAACAUUUUCUUGUCUCUGUUUCCAAAAAUAAGUUUAUUCGCAUACUAUCGGUAAAGCUGCAUAAAUGAGGUUGGCGGGGAAGGUAAAAAGCCAUUCAAGUGUCUUUACAUGCAAGCGCUAGAGUUUUUAAAAAAAAUCUCCUCCACAGCUGGAGUUUCUAUAAAGAAUCGUUUUCAGAGAAAGAACUUCUGUUUGUGUGUAAACGAAAAGCACUAACGAAGUGAAAGGUUUCCCUUUUUUUUAAAUACCUGGGUAGGUGUGAACGGUGUCUAGAUGUCUGCUGUUUCAAGGCUUCUGUCUGUAUGUCUGUCUGUCUGACAUUACUGUGCGUCCCAAUGGAAACAGUAGGUCUCAUAUACACAUUCUGCAAUAAAGCCUUACAUGAACUGA